GUCAAAUUGUCCGAAACUGCAGGAAAGCGCUAAAGUUCUAUUAUCAAACAAAUCACGGUCCUUUGUGCUUCCGCAGUUCCUCCGGUUAACAGUUUUCCUUCGCUCCGGAGAUGCCACAAAAAGUUACUUUAAAAUGUGUUCAAUGCGAGAAAACCGAGUCACCAAUGUGGCGUUCGAUAGAAGGUGGUCAAAUAUGCCAUGAUUGCUACGAGCAGAACGGAAACAAUCUGAAAGGAGAAUUGGAACCGGACAACGAAAACUCAAACGGGAAUGGCGAGGAAAAGAAACUGCGGAAGAGCACGCGUAGCACCAGAUAUAAAGCAAAGAAUUCUGCUCCUGCAAAACCAAUACCGAAAGGGCGAAGUCGUCGCUACAUCUUCAAGAAGACCCCGUUCAAGGCGCCUGUGGUUCCGGCAACAACUCACACCGUCGAAAGUACAUUUUACAAGGGAUCUUACCUGCAAGUGGGAGAUAUCGUGUCGCUAAUGGACAAGAAGGAUAACAUUUACUACGCUCAGAUCCGCGGUCUGCUCGUGGACACGUAUUGCGAGAAGUCUGCGUUCAUUACCUGGUUGAUCCCCACGGCAGUAAGCCCGCCGCCGAAUGAACGGUUUGAUCCAGCGACAUACUUAAUAGGCCCGGAUGAGGACUGCCCGCGGAAACUGUCCUGCCUGGAAUUCGUCAUGCAUGCUCCAAGUAAUUACUAUCACGACAAGACUACACCAUUCCCUCCACCGGCCUCAAUGGACUUUGAAUCACCAGCAACCGGAUUUGUUUGGACCUCGCUUCCUGAAUUUGAUCCGAAAAAGGCGGAAAAGAUAGAGACGGCGGACUCGUAAGGAAUUGUCGAGAUCAAAGGACGCAGACAAGGUUUUUUUCGUUCUAGGAAUGCUAAUCAAUUGUUUAUUAAAUAAAAUUCCUCUGUGUGGA